AGCCUGCAUGUAAUAUUCAUUUCUAUUCGUUUGUUUUAUUAAGUUUUUGGCUAAAUGUCUGUAUGGUUUCCAAGAACAAAAAACGGCGGGAAUCCAAAAAGCAUUAAAUUUUGGUUUUUUAUUUUUUUUUAUUUUUUUGAACUUGAGAAAAUCGAAUUUUUCUUCUGUUUAUUUUCGUUUUUUCUUCAUUUUCUCUGCUGCCAUGCGGUGGGUCUGGUGUUUUCUUUUCACUGCUUGCGGAUCUGGAACUUAAUAUGAGGGUUAUGAAUCAUUGCUGCUUUGAAAAUUUAAGUCAGUAGUUGCCUCCACGUUUUUUCUUCGUUUUCUUAUUUUUCUUUUUCAUUGCUUCCAGAAGGUUCUUAUUUUUAAUUUUAUGAUUUAAUUUUAUUUAUUUAUUUUUAACGUUUAUUCGCUUAAUUGUUGGUUUUGAAUAAAUGGGUUUUGUUGAAUUAACGUUUGUAGUUCGCUGUGCGAUCGUUUGGGGCUGUUUUGGUGUAGAACCAUUUGCGGCAAUAUAGCUCUCCGUUCCUUCCUGCAUUUUCCUUUACAAGAAAUUUGAAUAUCAGUCACAUCGGGAUGAACAAAUCUCCUAAAUCAUUGAAAACAAUUGCUGCUUCAGUUCAACCAGUGGAAGCCUCAAAAUUGAGCCAUUUAAACAACACUCUGCCAUCCAAAGUGUGCUUUGAUGUGGAUAGCACGGUGUGCCUGGAUGAGGGCAUCGACGAACUUGCAGAAUUUGGUGGAGCUGGAAAGGCUGUUGCAGAAUGGACUUCUAGGCCUUCUCCUGGCAUAGAAGAGUCAGUCAAGAAACUGGAGGCUAAUAAUACCACCGUUUACCUGAUCUCUGGAGGCUUUCGUCAAAUGAUCAAUGUAUGCUGUCAAUAAAUGGAAUGAGAAUCAGUCUCUUCUUUCUUUCUUCCUGGAAGCAUUCGUUGAAGAGGCCCGAAGGGUAGCUCAAUCAAUUGGAGACUACGCCUCAUAAAGUAGAGGUCAUUAGUUGAAAUCUUUUCUUCUCCCACCC